AUGAUUAAUAUUUUAGUUAAUAUUAUAGAGUUAGAAAAGAUGUACUUAACUGGAAACUCAUGUAGAAUUGAAUUAUCAACUAAAAUUAAGUCUAUUAAAGAUGACUUUAAAGAACUAUUUUUUUCUAAGAAAUUUAAAGAUUGUCAAUUGUAUAAAUUAAGUUUAAUUUUUUUCCUUGAACGAAUUAAAAGAAUUUUAAAAUUUGAAGAUAAUUUAUUGGAAAUGGUUCAAAAUUAUACAGAUGAAUUUUAUAAAAAUCUAGACGAAUUAUUAGCUGCACCGGAAACAAUAUGUUCCGAGGAAUAUUUAAAGUUUAUUUCAGAAAUUGAACAGCAUCAACGAAGCAAAAAAAUAAUGCGUCGUGCAAAUUAUCCUCACAAAGUUACUAAAAUUUUAAAAACUUGGCUCGAAGAAAAUAUGAAACAUCCAUAUCCAAGUGAGAUACAAAAGAUAUUAUUUUGCGAAAAAACUGGUUUAGAUAUUUGUCAAAUUAAUAAUUGGUUCAUUAAUGCUAGAAGGCGAAUUUUACCAUUACUUAGGCGUGAUGACAGAAAUAAACAUGAGUAA